AUGACAAUUACAGAAACUCGAGCUAAAGUUACAGAGGAAAGUGUGAAGAAGUUAGAACAACAAUUGCAGAAUUACAUGACUGAAACAAAUCAGAAAUUGGAAACUAAUGAAACAAAAAUGGAUGUUCUAGGUCACAAAAUGGAUGUGAUGAUGGAGAAGCUAUUCAUCAACAAGGAUGGCCUCUUGGGAAGUGCACCAGUAGAAAUUCACGAUUUUGGAUCUGGUAGAGCAAGGGGGAAGGAUCUUCAUGAAAAUUCUGGCGGCAAAUUCCACAUGAACAGAAACAAGGUUGAUUGCCCUUACUUCGAGGAAGGUGAUCCCAGAUCUUGGCUGCGAAAAUGUGAGAGCUAUUUUCAUUAUAAUGGCAUAUUAGAUCCACAACACAAAUUAGAAACUGCUGUAUUACACCUAAAUGGUAGAGCUGAGUCUUGUUACUUCUCAUAUCAAUUGAGUAGGGGAGUGGUAAUAUGGGCUGACUUUGUGGAGGAAAUUUGUAAGAGAUUUAAUAAUUCUGAUAAUAGUAACCUGAAUUUACUUGGGAAAUUCAAAAGAAUUGAGCAAAUAGGGACUGUGAAUGAGUAUCUUGAAAAGUUUGAAGAUCUUAAAGCUUGGGUGUUGAUCAAACACCCUACUAUACCUGAGGAAUUCUUCUUAGGAUUCUUCAUUGAAAGCCUUAAGGAGGAAACUAGACACACAGUUAAAAUGUUAGAUCCUUAUUCCUUGAGUCAAGCAGUAGAGAAGGCUAGACAUAAGGAAGAAUUGUUGGAUUCAAUGAACAGAGAAGGGAAAUUGGGGGGUAGUAGACCAGGGAAUCAGUACAACACUAAUUUUAGUACAGGAGGGGUAAAAAAUUCUGGUAUAGGACAGAAGGAGGGGAAUUAUAACAGUUCUACACCUGGAAACAAACUGUUUGAAGCUAGAAAAGCUAGAGGAGAGUGUUACAAGUGUGGGGAAAGAUAUUUCCCAGGUCAUGUGUGCAAGAAUAGGCAAAUUAACACUCUAUCUGGUACCACUGAACAGGAAGAAGUGGUAGAAGGAUCCAAUUUGGAAGAGAUUAAGGAGUUGGAGGAGCCUUAUGAAGAGGUGAUUGAUGAGGCCAUUAGUUUAAAUGCCUUAUCAGGUACAGUUACUUCCAAUACAAUCAAGCUUAAAGGAAUGUAUGGGAAGCAAGGAUUGAUAAUACUAGCUGACAAUGGAAGUACCCACAGCUUUGUGGCUAGUGACAAUGCUAAACAAUUAGGGUGUGUGAUUAGAGAAGCUGCCCCUAUGAGAGUGACUGCUGCCAAUGGUAGUCAUUUGAUGAGCUAUCACUACUGUCCUCUGUUCAAAUGGAAGGUUCAUGGAGUAGAAUUUGAUUACAAACUCAGGUUGUUGGAUAUUGGAGGGUGUGAUAUAGUACUUGGUGGGGACUGGAUGAGAAAACAUAAUCCUAUACUAUUUGACUUCAUUGGGUACAGACUGCAAGUCAGUGUCAAUGGAAAAAGGGUGGAUUUGAAAGGGUAUACUGAAGAAGGAAGUCUCCAAGCUAUGUCAGCUUUAGGUGUGAAGCAACUACUGAAGAAAGGUCAAGUAUUGUGGGCACACUUAUUCACUCUAACAGCCAAGGAAGAAAGAGUAACAGAAGCCAUAUCUGAGGAGAUUAAAUCAGUAUUGGAAGAAUUUGCCAGGGUCUUUGCUGAGCCAAAAGCACUGCCUCCCAGACGGAAGCAGGAUCACUUUAUUCCCCUCAAACCUGAAGCAGUUCCAGUCAGCAUUAGACCUUACAGGUACAAUUAUUUUUCAAAAAAUGAAAUAGAGAAACAAGUGAAUGAAAUGCUCUCUAGUGGUACUAUACAGCCUAGUCAUUCUCCCUUCUCUUCCCCAGUUCUUUUAGUUAAAAAGAAAGAUGGAAGUUGGAGAUUUUGUAUUAAUUAUAGGGAGUUAAACAAGAUGACUAUAAAGGAUAAAUUUCCUAUUCCUUUGGUAGAUGAUUUAAUGGAUGAAUUACAUGGUGCCUGCAUCUACUCAAAAAUUGACCUAAGGGCUGGAUACCACCAGAUAAGAAUGGGAGAAGCUGAUAUCUAUAAGACUGCUUUAAGGACUCAUUUAGGCCAUUAUGAGUUUAAAGUCAUGCCCUUUGGCUUGACUAAUGCACCUGCCACCUUUCAAAGUCUUAUGAAUCACAUUUUUAAACCUUUUUUGAGGAAAUUUGUGUUGGUAUUUUUUGAUGAUAUUCUAGUCUACAGCUCUUCAUUAGAAGUACAUGCAUUACAUCUUAGAAAAGUGUUAGAGGUACUGUGCAAGGAGAAACUAUAUGCCAAAUUGUCCAAGUUUUCAUUUGGGCAAGAUAAAGUGGAGUAUCUAGGACACAUCAUUUCAGGAAGAGGAGUUGCCACUGACCCUUCAAAGAUUGAAGCAAUGAUCAAUUGGCCUAUUCCUAAGUCUGUAAAAGCCUUAAGGGGAUUUCUGGGGUUAACUGGCUAUUAUAGGAGAUUUGUUAAGUCCUAUGGGGUUAUCAGUAGACCCCUGACAAAUCUUCUCAAGAAGAAUUCCUUCCAGUGGAGUACAGAAGCAGAAGAGGCUUUCCAACAACUGAAACAAGCCAUGUCAACUGUACCAGUGUUGGCUCUUGCUGAUUUUAACAAACCUUUCAUUAUUGAAACUGAUGCAUGUGCAACAGGUAUGGGAGCUGUACUCAUGCAAGGGGGCAGACCUAUAGCCUAUUUCAGUAAGGCUUUAGCCUUGAAACACAGGGGACUUUCUACUUAUGAAAAAGAGUACCUAGCUGUACUUUCAUCCAUAGAAAAAUGGAGGCAUUACUUACAAGGAGGACACUUCAUUGUCAAAACAGAUCAUCAGAGUCUUAAGUACCUAUUAGAGCAAAAAGUGAACACAGCCUUGCAGCAAAAGGGGCUAACUAAAUUGCUAGGGUUGGAUUAUGAGGUUCAGUACAAGAAAGGUGAGGAGAACAAGGUUGCAGAUGCUUUUUCAAGAAGACAAGAAGAAGACUCUACUUUACUAGCUAUAUCUAUAGCCCAAGCCACUUGGUUACAGGAGGUUUCUCAGAGUUAUGAGAAUGAUCCAAUAGCUCUACAGAUUGUAAGUGAUUAGUGGUCAGUCCUAACAGCAAAGUUGAUUACUCACUACACCAAGGAAUCAUCAGAUUCAAGCAAAAGAUCUAUGUGGGGCAGAAUAAAGAGUUGAAGCAACAGAU